UACAUAUAAGAUCGUAUCACUUCAGCCCGGGUAACGCAAAAUUAACAAGUGAAAAUGAAGAUCCAGUUACUUUUAAUUGUUUUAAUCGCUCUGUUGGCGUUGGUUAAGGGCGUACCAGUGCCAGGAGGCGGUGGCGGUGGCGGCGGCGGCGGUGGUGGUCGAGGUUGCAAUUGUGAACGUGGAGGUGGUGGAGGAGGCGGCGGCGGCGGUGGUGGUGGCUGGGGUAAUGGCCCUGGCGGUCCAGGUGGUGCUGGUGGUCCGGAUUGCGUAAGACCUUCUUGGAUGCCUCCGUGUCCGCCAUAAAUUCAUCGUACGUAAAUCUUAAUCCAAAGAAAAUAAUAUAGCGCUGCUAUACCUCCGAAUCAGUCCUAAUUAAAGACACAUUUAGUAAAAGGACCUUCCACCUCUGUACAUAUAGUAUACAUAUAUAUAGAAAUGUAAACCAAA